AUGGAGGUCUUCCUCCGAGGCGUCCCCAAGGACCUCUCCGACGACAGCCUCCGCCACGAGCUCACCCCGCUGAUGCGCCGUCUCGGCGUCGAGGACUGGUCCUGCGACAAGCCCAAGAAGAAGACGCAGGCGUGGCUGACCUUUCUCCGCGCCGAGGACGGCGCCGCCUUUCUCGCGCGCUACGGCAAGGUCAUUGCGCCCUCGCAGCCACGCUCCGUCGCCGAGGCGGCCGCGGCGGCCGAUGCCGCUGCGGGCAUCAUUAAGCCGCCAGGCUUCCCGCGUCGCGGAUCCGAGAUUUCGAGGCUGUGCAUCCUUCAGGCAGACGUUUAUGCAGAAAAGAGCGCCAAGGAGGCGGACCAUCUUAUCCUGAACCAUCUGAACCUCCAAAAGGACGAGCGCGAGAGCAGCGCCCCGGCCAGCAAGGCCGCCAAAACGACGACCGUGACGACCGUCUGCCGCAUCAACAGCAUCGCCAGCGGCAAGAUGAUCUUCUCCGAGGCCGCAGAGGGCGACGCGGCCAAGUCGCUCGCGUUUUCGCGCCAGACAGAGUGCACGACGGCCGCUCAGUCGCAGUUCAAGCGCAAGUCGUGCAUCUUGACGACCGUCACGGGCAACCAGAUGCACAUCUCCUACGCCACGGUCGAGGACUGCGUGUUUGACUUUGGCGACCGCUCCUUCACCAUGAUUUUAAACGAAAGCCCACGCUUCUACGCCCGCAACACGGUCGACCCGGACCUGCGAACGCAGUGGUCCCGCCAGCCUGUUCUCAGUGGCUGGCCGGAGCUCAACAAGUACGUCGCGCACUGUCUCGUGUACCGCUUCCAGCUGCCCGCAGAUGAAGACGUCGCGCGCCUCUUUGCGGCCAUCAAGGAGCAUCACGACGUCUCGGUGAGCCGGCACACGCUCCGCGUCGAGCGUGAAGAGGGCAAGGCCAGUGAGGGGUAUCUGGAGUGCAUGCAAGAGUUCAUGCGCAAGAUCAGAAACUUGGCCAAUAAUCCGCUGCUGCUGCCGUUUGUGCUGCUGUUUCAGGUGCACAAGAUGGUGUACAAUAAUCACCUGCAUCCGACGCUGGCGAUGACGAUGCUGGAAAUCAUGGAAACGCUGGCCAUGGAUGCGCAGAUGAGCAAGCGUCCGCUGCCAUUUUCCGUCGAGAGCUUCAAGCGCCUUUUCAAAGACAUCCCGUACCCGACGCCCGGCGUGAAGCCCAACGAGCUCGACCCUUUUGAGCUGCUGAAUCGCGUCAUGGACAUUGAGAGCGGGCUGCUGCGCGGCAGCGCCCCCGCUGCGGUGGUGCGGGCCGGAAUCGAGGCCGGCGGCGGACGCCUCGGGGAGACGCUGUCCAAGCAGCAGGCGUGGGUGCUCAAAGCCAUGGUGACGCCGACGCGCGUGGUGCUGGGCGGACCCGACGCCGAGUCCAAGAACCGCGUGCUGCGCAUGUUCCACGAGCACACCGACUAUUUCCUGCGCGUCACAUUUACCGACGAGGACGGCUCGGGCCUGAGCUUCAACCCGCGCGUCAGCAACGACUACGUCUACGACCAAUACCGCACGGUCAUGAGGCAGGGCAUCGAGGUCGCCGGCCGACGCUUCUCCUUUCUCGGCUUUUCGCACUCGAGCCUGCGCUCCCACUCGGCGUGGUUCAUGGCGCCGUUUGUCGACCAUAACAUGGGCCGCCAGGACUACGUCACCGUGCUCAACUCGCUCGGCGAUUUUCGCGAGAUUCGCAUCCCUGCCAAGUGUGCUGCGCGCAUCGGGCAGGCGUUCUCCGAAACGCCCUACGCCGUGUCCCUCAAAAGCGGUAGCAUCCGGAUCAAUUACAUUGAAGACGUCAAAAGCUGUGUUGACGAGUCGCGCGUGUUUAGCGACGGCGUGGGCACCAUAUCCCAAGAAGCGCUCGAGGAGUUUUGGAACGUGCUGCCGUUGAAGCUGGGCUCGCCGACGUGCGUGCAGAUUCGCGUGGCCGGCAUCAAAGGCAUGCUGUCGCUGGACCCACGGUUACUCGGCAAGCAGAUUUGCAUCCGCGCCGAGUCCAUGAUGAAGUUUCCCAGCCGCGACUUUGUGGAAAUUGGCAUAUGUGAAGUGGCCCACAAACCGCUCCGAUUGGUGCUGAACCGGCAAAUGAUUAAAAUCUUGGAGGAUAUGGGCACGAACCCAGUUUGGUUCAAGGAGAUGCAAGCCAAGGCGCUCGAGACGCUGCGCGGCGUGACGGCGACGGCGGCCAACACAUGCACUUUUUUGGAGUACCAGGGUGUCGGGGCCAAUAUUCGCCUGCCGCGAUUCAUCAGGCGGCUUCACUCGCAUGGUAUCGACUACCGAGGGGACCCUUUUCUCAAAGCGAUCGUGGAAUAUGUGGUGUUGAAAGAGCUUCGGCUGCUCAAGCACAAAGCCCGAAUCCCCGUCGAAAAGGGCGUGACUUUGUUUGGUGUCAUGGAUGAGACGGGAUUUCUCAAGGAAGGCGAAAUUUACAUUCACUAUGACAAGAAAGCUCCGGAACAAAAGUCGGGCAUCGAGGGUUCGCUCAAAGACGGCACCGUUAUCGUCACCCGAUCGCCGGCGCUGCACCCGGGCGAUAUCCAGCUGGCCAAGAUGAUUACGCCGCCGAAUAAGCACCCACUACGCGCACUGCGCAACUGUGUCGUCUUUAGCCAGCGCGGCGACCGCGACCUGCCCAGCCAGCUGAGCGGCGGCGACCUGGACGGCGACAAAUACAACAUCAUCUGGGACUCGGGUGCCAUGCCCAAGGAUGUUUUUCACCCGGCGAGCUACCCGCGCAACAAGCCGCAGCCGCUAGACAGGGACGUGACACGCGAGGACAUUGCCAACUUUUUUAUCGAAUUUAUGCGAACUGACGUGCUCGGGCUGAUUGCCAACAAGCACCUGAUGUACGCGGACAUCCAGCCGGCGGGUACCAAUGACCCCGUCUGCAUCAAGCUGGCCGAGCUGCAUUCGACCGCAGUGGACUACUCCAAGACGGGCAUCCCGCCGCUCAUCAACGAAAUCCCGCGGCAGCCCAAAACACGGCCCGAUUUCACGGCGCCGGCGCCGCCGACGACGACGUACAGCCUAGGCGAGGUGGCGUUUGUGGAAGUGGAUGAGGAAGAGGACGAGGGCGACGACGGCUUCGGGCGCCCGCGGUACCGCUACCACAAGUCGGAAAAGAUUCUCGGAGUUCUCUACCGCUCCAUUGACGAGAAGAACCUCUGGAACAAGGCAGCAGGCAAGGUGGACCGCAAGGGCGGCUCCGUGUGGGAGCAGGUGCAGCGCAUUAUGCACGCGGGGCUCGCGGCGUUGGGGGUCCGCAUUGAAUGGUUCCAGAGCAUUGAGGAGGCCAUCAAGGUACGUCGCAUCUACGAGACGGGGCUUUAUGAGAAUAUGCAGCAGUUCUCGCACAACCCUCGUGCGUCGGUCAGCGAGGUGGAAGCGUUCUGCGGCGACAUCGUCAACAAGACGGGGUCGCAGUCGAGGCAGCAGCGGGACUUGUCGCUGAAGCUCAAGGACGAAAUGGAACGGCUGAUGAACUGGGUCGUCAGACUGAUCAGGAAUCCAGAGGCGCUCGUCACAAGCAGACAGAAGGGGGCGGACGAGAACGAAAUGGUCAAGGCUGGGGAGGCCAUGAUAAGCCUCGCAAGGCUGCGGUCGCUCGAGAUGGCGGUGGCGUGUUUUGAGGUCGAGAUGCAGAAGGAUGCGGUCGCUGCGGCAGCCGCUGCCGCUGGGGCACCGAGUAAAGCAAAGCGAGGCAAGCUUGGCGAUAGGAUGCAGAGCUUUCGGGUAAUUGCGGCGGCGUGCAUGCUGAACGAGCUAGAGGCCGUGACGCGAGAGGUCAAGGGCGAGGACGCGACGACCAUGGUGGUUGCGCAUCGGGGUGCGAAGGAUCAAGAAAUGUCGGGAUAA